AUGACAUACCAAGAAGCUCUCUCACUACUUCAACAGUGCCGGCGGCCAUUCCCUACCGAUUCCCCGGCGACGCCGUCAUUGUCGCCGAGCGCCCCAAGGGCUCCAAAUGCUCUUAGUUUGAGAGGAAACGAGCCUCUCCUUGGUAUGAGUAGCUGGCUACUAACUCUUGGGCAUGAGCCCGAGCACAUCAAUCGCUUGAACGUUAUUCAUGUCGCCGGGACAAAAGGCAAAGGCAGCACAUGUGCCUAUGUGGACUGCUUCUUGCGAAGGCAUGCAGUCAGGAAUGGAAUUAGGCGGAAGAUCGGUCUGUACACGUCGCCAAGUCUGUGGCCACGAAAUAGAAUCCGGAUCGAUUCGAAUCCACUACCGGAUGAUCUCUUCGCAAAGCGGUUCUUUGAGGUGUACAAGGGUCUUUCUCUCAAUUCCACUACGCUGCCAAUCGGUACCAAGCGCCCUGGAUUUCUCCAGAUGUUGGCCAUCGUAGCGUUCCACACGUUCAUUGAAGAAGGCGUCAACGUUGUUAUCUGCGAGGCCCAUCACGGUGGCCAGUUCGACGCGACAAAUUUCGUUGAGCGUCCUGCCAUCACCGCCAUCACAAAAAUUGGGAUGGACCAUGUCGAAAAUCUGGGGGAAAAUCUACAGCAUAUUGCAUGGCAUAAAAGUGGAAUCUUCAGAGACCAAGUUCUCGCGCUUUCGGUUCCGCAGGAUCAGGAGGCUGAAGGUGAGAUUGAACGCAGGGCUGCAGAAAUUGGGGCGCCACUUCAAUUCAUAAGUAUUAAGGAUGUUCUGCUUGAGUUUCUCGAAACCGAUCAGAUUGAGGAAAUACCACUUGAACAGCGAGAAAACUGCGCCCUGGCUGCGAAAAUUGCUCAUGAGUUUCUCCACCAAUCCCUAGACGGGCGAGACGUUCUGGCUGGUGUUGAAGAGUGCCAGUGGCCCGCACGUUUCGAUAUUCAACAUUACGGUGGCUGCACUUGGUACAUGGACGGAGCACACAACGAGACAAGUAUGCAAGUAGUCGCAAAGUGGUAUGAGCGGGUUGCAGGCCCUAGCUCUGUCCCAGUUCUUAUGUUCGCUCAUUUCUCAAAGAAGCGAACGCGCUCCUGGGAAAACAUACUAGAAACGCUUGUGAGGUCUCUAGGGUCACACAUUGAGCAUGUCAUUCUGGUCGAGCGGAUUGAAUACGACGAACAUUUCGCCACCCCCAGCGAAUUAAUGGAAAGUUUUGCCCAGUUCUGGAGGGCAAACUGGUCCCCCGUUACCAUUCAUAACGCCACUAGUGUCACAGAUGCGAUUGAAUGCGCCAAGAAAACUGCUAUGGGAGGACCCAUCUUGGUGACAGGAAGCCUAUACUUGGUAGAAGCUGCCCUCGAGAUAGUCAAGAACAAGUCUAUUUAG